AUGAAGUCCUCCCUGAAACGCCUGCAAAUCAACCACACCAUCUGGGAGGAGCACGCACUCGAUCGACCGACAUGGAGGAGGACAGUGAAGACGGGCGCUGCGAUCUACGAAGCCAACCGCAUCGCUGCCGCCAAAGCGAACCGCGAAGCCCGCAAAUCACAACUUCGCCCAGUACGCAACGCCGCCGCACAACCGCUUCCAACGUGUCCUUGAUGUCAACGGACAUUCCGGGCUCAAAUCGGACUUGUUGAACACCUUCAAAUCAACUGCGCCUCUCGAACUGCACCAACCAUCGUCCCCCCGUCCGCCUCUUCCUCCCCUCCGCCGCCAACUAACUCUGACAAUUCUUCUGAACCACCACUUCCAUCCUCCUCGUCCUCCUCCACCACCACCACCACUGCCCCAACGGCGGCCGCUUCGACGGCCGUCUCGUACAUCGCUAACCGCGACACAACAACAGAAUCCAUCCCUACCUAUCCCGACUGCAGCGAUGAGGAUCAGGACAACACCUGCCCUCACGGCGACCACACCUUCACCUCACACAUCGGCCUGGUCGGUCACUUGCGAAUCCAUCGCACAGAGACUGGCGAGCCAGUGCCUGGAGCACCAACCUACACACACCGCACUCGCCUCCACUGCCCACACUGCCCUCGCAUCACGCAUCGCAUGGGUCUAUUCGGCCACAUGCGCAUUCACGAGAGCGGAGUUGACCACAAUUCUGACACACCCACCAGGCCCAGCAUAACCCUCGCUCCAUCGCCACACGCGCCCAUCACCACCACCACCACGACCACCACCAUCACCACCGCUUCCUCUACAGCUGACACCGACAUCGUCGACCUCUCAUGCCCACACUGCCCACGCACGUUCACCUCACGCAUCGGCCUGGUCGGCCACUUGCGAAUCCAUCGCACAGAGACUGGGGAACCAGCGCUUGAAGCACCAACCUGCACUCACCAAUCUCGUCUCAGCUGCCCACACUGUCCUCGCACUUUCAGGCAUCGCAUGGGCCUAUUCGGACACAUGCGCAUCCACGAUGACCCGCGGUAG